GACGUGCAAAGAAAAUAGUGCCACUUCAAGUUCCAUGGCAAUGUCACUAGGAAAGACCCGUUAUUCUAUCUGGUACAGCUUGUAGCAUUCUACGGUGAAACAAACCUUGUGAAAUCUUCACAGUUUUAAUAGAGCGAACUUGAAUGUUGUGAGAAAACCCUUCAAGAAGACGACCUUUAAAUCAAGGAGAUCUGGAUGCCUUUGAGAAUGGUGUAUAAUAAAACGUUAUCGCGUUCAACACGCAAGAAGUUACGAAAAAUAUUGGCUUUCGCCUUUCUUCUCUACUGCUUGGUUUAUUGUGCCAACUCUUUCGAUCGCUCGACAACAGGGAGUAGCCGUUUACUUCCUGGAGCAGACAAUUUAUGUCCCAUUGAGUCUUCCGCGACGCGUUGGAAACGAAAUGAAAAAGCUCAAAACAUUUUCUUUUUGGAGACCUCCGGAGAGCGUUGUUUGACCGCCCGACAAGCUUGCAGCAUCGAAUCAACAGCGAGGUCCAAUCCUUACGCUAUGAUCUCUGUACACAUGGAAAACAGUGGGCCAACAAGACAAGCGAAUGUGAGAAACGAACAAAGCAGCCAAAGAAGAAAUUGUGCGAUUACGAACAGACUCUUCGAGGAGUGGGAAAAUAACGUCAAACUUGUUCGAGAAGAUUUACUACAACAUCUUAGGGAUACACCGUUAUGGCGUCUUCAGCAGCAAGGCCGAUUGAAUCAGUCAGUUCAUCCGCUAACUCAUCGAAGUGAUGCCGUGCGAGUUGCUAUGCUAUGGAAAUACGGUGGUGUUUACCUGGAUUUGGAUUGCCUUGUCUUCCGGCCUCUUUACUGUCUCAAGAAUACCGUAGGACUCGUGGAUUUUUUACCUGAUUGGGUUGAAAACGGUGUUAUGGCAUUUGAGGGCGGUCAUCCGUUUCUUCAAUUUCUAAUGAAGUACAUGGUAUUUGCUUUCAAGCCUGAGGAAUACAUAAGUCUUGGUCCAGCUACGUUAACCGAUUCCAUCAAGUAUUUUUGUGACAGAACCGAGUUUCCUGCAGAGAAAAUUUUGACUUGCCGAAACAGUUCCAUUAUUCUUCAAUCUCCACGAGCAUUUUACGCAAUCAACAAUCGACGCCAGAAUGCCUUUUACCAUCCAGAAGCCGAUCAGUCAGACUUCGAAGACUUGCGAUUCAGUUAUCUCUCACACGUCUACGACGCCGGUAACCGACCAUCCGUCCCGGACAAAUCUCUGUACGGCUUACUGGCCCGAGAAUUCUGUCCUACUACUUACAGUAUGGCUUUGGCAGACGGUGAAUUUUAAAGUACAAAAAAAAAAAUAAUAAUAAUAAAAUGAAUAAAUAAGAAUAAAAAAUAAAUCAUAUCCAGAUUUUUCUUCGCUCAAGUAGACUAUUCAAACAUGUUUUGUAUUUAUUUUUGUAAACCAUUGACUGCGUGUUUAUUUGUGUGCCUUUCCUGUUCCACUUGAUCCCCAUAACUGGGGUUGAAUAAGAUUUCACUGUUGUUUCGUUCUGGGUUACUUCCACUGGGUGAGAACACCAUGAUUGGCACUGAAACUACCACCAAUUAUUUAUGCAAACACUGCCAAGCGACACACCACACCACCCUAUGUGACAAAAAGGUGACAAGAUUUGCACAGCAGACCGCAAAUGGAAACAAUGCCCCAACGAACGUCAUGGCACCUGUCUCCAGUGCAAACACCUACGGCGAUCUCGUGAUGAAAACGGCAACGGUGAUGGGGGUAGGCUCCAAUGGCAAAGAAACCAAGGCCAUAUUAUUUAUUGAUGAUGGCAGCCAUAGAUCUUGGGUAACCAGAUCUAUUUCCAAAUUGCUGAAUUUGAAGGCAGUGGCCGGCGAGAAGAGUCUUCAAACAAAGAAAGCCCAUCCAGUUCGGCAAAUAAACGCAGUUGAAUGGGGGUUUCGGGGCACUUGGAAGGGAGCUCCACUCGUCAAAAUAACCGCCCUGGAAACGGACUACAUUGGAGACACUGGACCUUACCCCCACACGGCAUUUGCAAGGAAAUUGUGGUUGGAAGAUGAGAAAAUGGCUGGUGUUCCGGCGAAGAAUUAAAUUGUUUUAUUUUGUAUAAGGGCCGCUAGAGGCCAACUUUGGGUUGUGCCUAGUACGCUUCAUUUGUUUGUUUGUCCCGCGUUUACCCUUACCCAAAGCCUUUGUUUUGUCCCUAUUUAACCCCGCGUGCAUUGCAUGUGGCCGAUGUGGGUCUCUGAUUUUGUUGGCGUCUCUCCACACAUAAGGUGUGAUCUCUUUAGCUACACUCCCCACACAUAAGGUGUGAUUCUCAAGUAGGCCUUACAACCCUACUCUGUAUCCCCGAGAUCGGUUUAAUACACCCUUAAGGGAUACCCCCCCUCGAGUCUA